CGGGGACCCCAGGAAUCUCAGCCACCCGCCUCUUUUUUCUCUUAUCAUCAUUCAUUUGAGGACAUACAACAUCCUCAUGCCUUACAAUGACAACUCAAGUCGACCCCGAGGCUCUUGCUCGAAGUACUGAGCAAACGCCGCUUCUAGCGGACCAGCCAUCGCCGGAGAUAAAUGAAGCCGGUAAUGAGCCGGACGCCGAGCCGGCUCCGGAGAAAAGGCCGAGGAGCUGGUAUGCCUGGAGGAUAUUCUGGGCCGUGCUUGCGAUAGUGGUGCUGGCGGUUUUUAUCAAGGGCUGGAUUGAUGCAGAUGAGACUGAGUUUGAUCUUAAGAAGGCCCUCAAACGGGCUCUUGGAGGAGGACUCAGCGGUGCAGCUGCCAUGGUGCUGCAAGUUCUGCUACUAAUGCCUCUACGGACAAUUAUGAACUACCAGUAUCGCCAUGGCACGUCCUUCACUGUUGCCACGCGUACUCUUUACACUGAGGGCGGAAUCCGCAGAUACUACCAAGGAAUUGCACCUGCAUUGUUCCAAGGCCCAAUCGCGCGAUUCGGAGAUACAGCUGCGAACGCUGGUAUUCUCGCGUUACUCCAGUCAAACCCCUACCUCAAGAAUCUGCCAUCGCCAAUCAAGACCAUUUUUGCGUCUCUAUGUGCCGCUGCGUUCCGCAUGAUCCUCACUCCCAUUGACACCUUGAAGACAACCCUUCAAGCUCAGGGUGCCCGUGGAACAGCCCUUCUGAGACGCCGUAUAAAGUCCAACGGAAUUGGUAGCUUGUGGUGGGGAGCUUUUGCUACCGCUGCUGCUACCUUUGUCGGUCAUUAUCCUUGGUUCGCAACAUACAACUACUUGUCCGAGGUCAUUACAGAGCCCUCCAGACAUCCCCUUUUCUGGUGGUUGCUCCGCCUUGCGUUCAUCGGCUUCUGCGCUUCCAUCGUCUCCGAUUCCAUCUCCAACUCAUUGAGAGUUGUCAAGACUUAUCGACAGGUCAACGACACCAAGGUCUCAUAUGCCGAAGCUGCACGCGCUGUGGUCAUCCAGGAUGGGGUCAUCGGCCUCCUUGGACGUGGACUCAAGACUCGCAUCUUGGCCAAUGGCCUUCAAGGCAUUCUCUUUUCUAUUCUCUGGAAACUGUUCCUAGAUCUGUGGGAGAAGAAAACCUAAGGCCCGUGAUCGGAUCACCGUCAGCAACGCAUGUUUUACCCAAUUAUGUGAGCACUUAAAGUAGUAUCCGAAGAACAGAGCUUAGGAUAAUACGGAGAUGCUUACGGCAUCAAGUCUCUGUACGCAUUUCGUUUUAGUUACAAGCAGCCCAAAACUAAAUUAUAGAAAUUUCCUUCAAGAUCUCAAGUCCUUUGUGCAUCCUGCGUUGUUUCUCUUCGAAGAACAAUUGGCGGGUUGCAUGAUAACCCGGCGCCAUAACCUCACUGAUAAGUCUAAACCCCUUCUUAGUAGGAUGGAGGAUGUAGGGACAGGACGUGCCUAUGAGAAGCCAGACUUCAUCACCCAACUCUGCUUCAACCCGGCAUUGAACAAUAUACCCAUUCUCCAAGACGACGUGUUUGCCUUUACUGCUCGCGAUGGUCUCAUCUAACCCUUUCAAUAUGUACAAACG